AUGAGAUUCCUAUACGCCUUGGCCGCUCUGGCCUGCACAGCUGCAGCUCAAACCUCAAAUGUUCAGGCUGUUAGAAAUGACAUCGCCAAUAUUACCACCUUGAUGGCCACUCUGAGCAGCGAUGUGAAGCUUGUUAAGCCUGGGUCAGCGGGUAUCGCGCAGGCUCUGCAGGUGCAGGUGGAUGCCGUGAACAUUCACAAGCGACUGCUUACCUCUAUCGACGAUACUGAAUCCUCCGCGCCAUUCGGGGCUGGAGGGUCUCUGAGCAUCGGUUUGGACUUUAUUGGCCUGUCUCCGAAAGUCAAGACAACUCUGCAGGACGUCACGAAGCAAAAGGCUGCUCUGGGAGAGCUUGGUAUUGUCGUUCUGUCGAGCUUGUAUCAGCUUAAGCAGGACACGGAUACUUUUGGAGCGGCGGUGCUUGAGAAACUGGAUGCGUUGGAGAAGGCAAUUGCUCCUGCUAUUAUCAAGGACCUUGACAAGGCUUUCAAUGAUGCCAUUGUUGCGUAUGGUGGGAAAGCAACGUGA